AUGGGCAGUUCUACAAGCAAGAACGAUUCGACCAGCAACAUCAUUGUAGAUUUAUACGCUUCAGAAACCACCAAUCAAUUAUUAAAGACACAUUUGACAAAUCAAAGAAUUGCAGAUGUCCUCAAACACCCAACAUCGACCAUUUCCUCCACCACAUCUACCUCUUCUGCCACCAUGUCAAACGCCAAUGAACACACAUCAUACUCUAGCCUUGUCAAUCGACAAUCUAUCCCUACACGCGUUUGGGUGGCACAAUGUAAGAUUUACGGCUUUGGCACCCAGAUGAAUGUAGCCGAAGGAUUCCGAGAAUUACUGCAAUUGAAAGACGAGAAAGAAGCCUUUUAUCCACUAGCAUGCUACUACUAUGACCAGCAAGACUACGCCGAUGCCUACCAGUACUUUCAUAAGCUCCGGAAAGACAGCCAUUUUGCUCAAUAUCGAAUCGCAUUGAUGUUGUUUCAUGGACAAGGCAUUGCUACCGACCAUCAAAAGGCAUUUCAUUAUAUGAAGCUGGCAGCCAACAAUAGCAACAAGUACGCUCAGUUUAUUAUGGGCUUUUAUUAUGAACACGGCAUACUUGUCAAACAAUCAACGCAAACAUCCAAAAUGUGGUACGAGAGAUCUGCAAACCAAGGCUUUGCGGAGGCCCAAACUGCAAUGGCUAAUUUAUUGAUCAAUGACAUUGAUGUCGUGGUGGAUGACAAGAAGCUCAUUGACAUUUCAAGUGGCCAUCAGUCAUUGAAAGAUCGAGCCUUAAGCUGGCUAUCCAAAGCAAUUGAACAAGAAAGCGCAAGUGCGUUGAUUCGAUUAGGUGCUCUGCAUGAAGAAGGCAUACUAGUGGAAAAGGAUGAUAAAAAGACCAUUGAAUACUACACAAGAGCAGCCAAUGCACCCUAUGCGUCUACAUCUAUCCUGUCUUUAGCGCAUUACCUAGUGGGCAUCAAUUACAGACUAGGUGACCUGGGCCUCGAGCAGGAUUUUGGAUUGGCAUUAAAGCAUUUGACGCUGUCUGCAGAUGCAGGCUAUGCUCCAGCACAACGCGCCUUGGGUCUCAUGUAUGCAGAAGGCAUUGGCACACCAAAAGACGACAUCAAGGCCACCAGCCUUUUUGAAAAAGCAGCAAAUCAAGGUGAUAUACGAUCAUUAGGGCUCUUGACAAAUCAACGUCAACAACCACAAGCCAGUAAUUUGGCUUCUGCCCUCUCUCUUUACGAGAAAGCAGCCAAAGCCGGAUCGCUUGCUGCACAACUCUCACUUGCAGAGCUACUACAGCGUACAGGACAGCAUGCGUUAGCCUUCAAGUGGUUUGAAACGGCUUCCAAGCAUGUGCCUACUUUGAAAAACAAACAACAAAAGAUCUCUAUUUUGGACUUCAGUGUAGGCUUUGUAUCGCAACGCAACUUGGCUCGACUGAUGGUGGCACGGUAUCGUUAUAAUGGCUGGGGCAGCGUCAAGCAAGAUCGGUUGUGGGCAUUUGAGGAGUUUAGAACGCUGUCUAUUAAUGGAUACCCCGAUGCGCACUACUGGUUAGCUGCUUGUUACGAAGAAGGUGUACAACAGGAGGUUGAUGGUCUUGAGUCAUGGAUUGUCAAACCGGAUUUGGACCUUGCAUUUUCACUCUACACAAAAGCUGCAGAAGCCGGUGACAUGGAUGGUCAGUUCCAAACGGCCUACAUGCUGUCGAAUGGCAUCGGUGUAUCCAAGCAUGUCGAUGCAGCGUUUCCCUGGUAUACUAAAUCUGCUGAGCAAGGACACAAAACAGCACAAUAUAGUCUAGGCAUGUACUAUGAAAAUGGGUUGGGUAUUCCAGUGGACCUUGACAGGGCCAAGCAGUGGUACGAGCUGGCAGCAGAGGAAUUACCUAUGGCCAUGGUGAGAUUAGCAAACGUGUUGAUGCGUUUGGAUGAUAGCAAGGAAACGAUCAAGACAGCUAUUGGUUGGCUAAAGAGAGCAAUCGAUCAUGGAGAUGUAACUGCAUUACGUGAGAUGGCAACCAUGUAUAAAAACGGCUUAAUUGAUUUGGAAUCGACUACUACUACCAGCGCCACAUCGUUAGAUCGGUACCGCAUUGCAUUCAACUAUUUCCAGCAAGCAGCAGACAAAGAUGAUGCUCUUUCAUGGCACGAGCUUUCUAAAUUUUAUGAAGGCUAUUAUGAUACAGAAGAUGAGAUGGUGGUGCCUGCGAGUUUCGGGAAGGCUGUCAUGUGUCUCAAAAAGGCGGAAGAUCUAGGUUAUGCACCUGCCGUUCUCGAUCUGGCAGAUCUGUACUAUAGAAACGAAAAGAUAGACGAGACCAUGCUGAUCUACUCUGAACUAGCGAUAUCUCAAGAAGCGCAGCCAAGCAUUAUCAAGAAAGCACGUAUUGAAGCGGCUAAAAUCGUCAUAUUCGAGAAUUAUGGAAACGAGCAGGACCAAACCAAAGUGCAUUCAUGGCUACUGGACAUCAUUAAGCAGGACAGUAUGAGGCAUUUGGGCGAGUUAUGUGAAGUGCACGAAUUGCUUGGCUACUGUGCAGAGAACGGUAUUGGAACAGACGUCAACAAGGAUGAUGCCAUCUUAUUCUACAUGGAUUGCGUAAACGAAAGCUGUCAACAAGACCAGCUACAGCAGUACAAGCACUGGGCCAAAGAACGCUCCCUAUGUAGACUCGUCUAUAGGCACAUGGAUGACAAGGACUAUGCCUCUGCCUUCAUGUACUUGCACAUGCUGAAGCCAAGUCUCGAAAGAAUGGGCCAGCUACUGUCAGCAGACGCUAGCAUACAAGCUCGGCGCAUGAAGUAUUUCCUAGGUUAUUUGUACAUGCAUGGAUACGGUGUUGACAAGGACACAGUGGAAGGCUUGAAAUGGCUAUCAGAUGCUGCUGAUAAAGGCGAUGGUGAUGCAGCUUAUGAAAUUGGUAUCCAUCUAACAGACAAGCAAGACGAUGUGCUCUCACAAGAGAUAUGUCGACGAUUUCAACAAGGCGUUUUGGCUGGACACGCUGGUUGUAUGCGGGAACUAGCAUGUGUGCUGUUGGCUGAAGAAAUGGAUCAGUCCUUCCUGGACGAAGAUUACGAUGGUGGUGCCGAAAUUUUGGGUUUACUGCAAACAGCAAGUCAAUUAGGCGAUGCUAAAGCCAUGUAUCGAUUGGGACAAGCUUACGAACAUGGCUUGGGCGACGUGAUUCCCGAGAAAGAUCUAGACAAGGCCCUUCAGCACUACAUAAGUGCUGCCGAAGCCAACCAUGAGGAAGCCAUGUUGAAAGCGGGUGAGAUACUGGGUAGUGCUAUAGGUCGACAUGAAGAAGCAAUUCAAUGGUUCCAAAAGGCAGUAGAGGAAUUUGACAAUAUACAGGCAAAAGUCAUGCUGAUAUCAUACAGCUUUCAAGGGAUGUCUACGGAGAGCAAUGAGCAGCAACUCGACUUGGAAUCGAAUAUCAAUGACAGCAGGAACUUUGAGCAAUUACAAAAACUUGUGGAUAGCGAGGUGAAUUCAGUCGAUCAAAAGACGAGAUCAGUAGUCAAUACUGGCAAUCAAGAAGCACAGACAAAGUCAAAAAGAGAUGGCCUGGGUCUCGCAUUCUAUAUACUUGGGCAAUGCUUAGAGUUGGGGAGAGGCACGCCUGUCAAUCUACCUUUGGCCAAAGAAUGGUACCAUCGCUCUGUUCACAUGUCUGAGAAUGUGGACGCCAUGUGGAGACUGGGUGUUAUAUAUGGCGAACUAGAAGACGACUACACCAACGCGCUUCAAUGGUACCAAAGUGCAGCUGAAAAGGGCAAGCAUCGCGAAUCACACUUUCAGUUGGGUAUCUUUCAUUUGCACGGUAUAGCUGAUGUGGAGGUGAAUUUAGCGGUUGCAAAAAAGCAUUUCUCCAAGGCAGCAGAGCAGGGACAUCCCAAGGCAACUUACGAACUAGGACGUAUCGUGUGGUACAAGGACGCUGAUCAUCUCUAUGGCUACGAGCUUUUCAAAGUAGCUGCUCAGCAAUUACAUGUUCCUGCGGCUUUGCGAGAGUUGGGCAAUUUAUCACAUACUGGUUUUUCUUUACAUGGCAUUGAGGUGUGUGAGCAAAAUCGCAAGGUAGCGUUUGCCUACUACUGUGAAGCUGCUCGGCUAGGAGAUCCUAUUGCUGCCCUGAUGGUUGGCAAUUAUUUUGAAGAAGGCUAUUUGAAAGAAGAACUAGGACAAAACAGUGAACGUGCCUUGCAGUGGUAUGAAUCAGCGUAUCGAUUGAAUUGUGGUGGCCUUUCCGAACUGGCGAUUGGCAAAUUAAAGCACACGAUUGCGGAUACAAUACAGGAUAUCAGAGAAGCGGAUGAUAUGAGGGAAGAAGCGAUUGUUUGGUUUGAAAGUGCAGCGCACAAUUUACCUGACGGCGCCAACUUUAGUGCUCGCAUCAUGAUUGCUUUGUAUCAGCUGAAUGGAUGGGGUCGAAAAAGACGAGAUGCUGAAACAGGGCUUCAAAUGUUGUUGGAGAUUGUUGAAGCAGGUGGAUCAGAUGCCAUCGUACUUGUAGCGCAGUGUUAUGAAGAAGGUAUCGGCGCUGACUAUGACAUGAACAAGGCUUUCGAUUACUGGAAAAAGGCAGCAGAGCUAAACAAUGCCAGAGCACUACAGAGAUUGGGCGAUUUUUAUGCAUUAGGCUUGACCGGGCAAAUCGAUAAAUCAUUAGCCAGUGAAUACUACCAUCAAGCCAAGACACUGACAGAAAAUCACUGCAAUAAACGGCAUAGUGGCUACUCUUUAGAAUCAUUUGCUUCAUCAUUAUCGACAUCCCAAUAG